UCCAGGGCAUGUUCCAGCCCGACCAAAAGGCGUGCAGAGGCACAGGUGGCCCUCACUGUUCACAGCCAGUUGAAAAGGAGAAAAGAGGGACCCACAGAGAGCUCAGUGGAGCCACAGUUGGGUCCCAGAAAGUGUUUGAAAAGGUUUUUAAAACCAACACAAAUAAAAAAUCCCCGAGGCGCGCAACCAGGCCCCGAGCCAAGGGCGCAGCCUCAACACAAAAGACAAAACAAAAAACAAAACACAUACAAAUGACGGGAAGCCGAGUGGGAGCUGCGCAGCUGCACAUGAGGCCACAGGAGGGAGCUGUUGCUCCGCCAGUGGCACAGCAGCCCAGCACCGUGGUACCAACGAGCCCUGCGCCAGCGCAGCUCGUGUUGGCCACGCCCACCAGUGUCUCAGCGCGGAUGCCGCUCGGCCCGCUCUCGGACAAAUCACAGCAAUGGCGGCACUGCGGGGUGCCAGACUGGGUUAUAAGCACUGUUACCAAGGGUUACAGACUCCAGUUUGCAUUUACCCCUCCCCUUUUCAAUGGUAUACUGCAGUCGCAGGCCAGGGGGCAGAAUGCACGAAUUUUGCAGGAAGAGAUCAAAACACUGCAGGGCAAAAGAGCCAUUCAGCUAGUGCCACCGGAGCAAGCUCACAGCGGGUUCUACUCCAGAUACUUCCUGGUCCCAAAACGGGGUGGAGGCCUGCGUCCGAUUCUAGACCUGCGAGCACUGAACAAAUACUUGAGGAAGUACAAAUUCAGAAUGCUAACACACGCAGGUCUGGUACGGUUUGUGCGUCCAGGAGACUGGUUCGUCUCCAUAGAUUUGAAAGACGCAUAUUUUCACGUCCCAAUAUACCCCCCUCACAGAAAGUAUCUCAGAUUUUCCUUUCGAGGGAAGGUUUACGAGUUUCUAGUGCUCCCCUUCGGCCUCUCACUGAGUCCGCGGGUGUUUGUGAAAUGCACGGAGGCCGCCGUCGCACCCAUGAGACAGAUGGGCGUUCGGCUGGCCAUGUAUAUAGACGACUGGCUGCUCGCAGCGCAGUCUCCCGAAGAACUCAGGAGGCAGGCCGGGUUGCUCACAUCGCACCUAACUGCACUGGGCUUCACAGUAAACUGGGGAAAGUGCGUAUUGACACCAGUUCAAACGAUCACUUUCAUCGGCUUAUCCCUGAAUUCGGUCGAGUUCAGAGCGCGACUCUCAGCGGAGAGAGUGACAGCCUUCCGGGCGUGUCUGUCACAGUUCCGCAGAGGGGCGUGGAUAACAUUCAGACUGUGCCUCAAACUCCUCGGGCUGAUGGCAUCGGCGCUGUCCGUCAUCCCUUUUGGCCGCUUACACAUGCGUCCUUUUCAGCGGUGGGUGGCGUCGCUCAAUCUAAGCCCCGCCUGCCAUGGUCACCGACGAGUGCUUGCUUCGGUUACGUGCAUUCUCGCCCUACACAAGUGGAGGGACAUCUCCUUCCUCACCACGGGUGUUGUCAUGGGAACCGUGCAAACAAGACAGGUGAUCACCACAGACGCCUCGCUGACAGGCUGGGGAGCCACUCACGAGGGCAGGACAGUGAACGGUCUGUGGGGCUCCCACAUGCGAUCAGUUCACAUAAACUGCUUGGAACUCCUGGCGGUGUCUCUUGCACUGAAACAUUUCUUACCCUUUCUGAAAGGGCGCCAUGUUUUAGUCAGGACCGACAAUACCACAGUGGUGGCGUAUAUCAACAGACAAGGAGGGCUGCGCUCAUUUCAGUUGCACACGCUAGCACACAGACUGAUUAUGUGGAGCAGCUCCCGUCUUCUGUCGCUGCGGGCCAUCCAUGUACCGGGGAUAAUGAACUGGGGAGCCGACCUGCUCUCCAGAGGGAACCCGCGUUACAGGGAAUGGAAGCUCCACAGCCAGGUGGUAGCCCAGAUGUGGAGCAUUUACGGUCAAGCAGAGGUCGAUCUCUUUGCGUCAGCGGAGAACGCCCAGUGUCAAAUGUUCUACUCUCUGACGGACCAGAGCGCCCCCCUGGGGGUGGACGCUCUAGCGCACGAGUGGCCGUGCCGACUUCUGUAUGCGUUCCCACCAUUGGAGUUGAUUGCCCCUACCCUCACCAGGGUUCGGGAGGGGAAACACUCUCUCAUCCUCGUAGCCCCUCGGUGGCCCGGGAAACACUGGCUAGCGGACAUCAUUCAGAUGCUGCACAGCCAACCGUGGCCCCUGCCUUUACGCAGGGACCUCCUGUCGCAGGCCCGCGGGGAAAUUUUUCAUCCUCAUCCGGAGCGCCUGGCUCUGUGGGCCUGGCCCGUGAGAGGCUGAAUCUCAUGGCAGCGGGACUCCCGCAGAACGUCGUGGACACGAUCCAGAGUGCCAGAGCGCGGUCCACCCGCUCCGCCUAUGGCGCCAAAUGGCGCGUUUUUGAGGACUGGUGCGUAAAAAUGGCCGUAUUGCCUUUCCAGAGCCCAGUCCCAGUCAUUCUAUCGUUCCUUCAGGAACUGAUUGAAAAAGGUUUGUCCUUUUCCACCAUUAAAGUGUAUCUGGCGGCCAUAUCCGCCUGUCACAUAGGUGUUAAUGACAAAACAGUGGGCCAGCAUCCGCUUAUUUGUCAGUUUAUGAGGGGCGCACGUCGGCUCCGACCGGUGUCGAAAAGCCUUGUUGCUCCUUGGGAUUUACCGGUGGUGCUGGACGCACUGUCGUGCGCACCGUUUGAGCCACUGAGGCAAGUCAGCCUCAAAGCGCUCUCUUUUAAAACAGCUCUGCUUAUUGCACUAGCUU